UGCACACUGGCUGGUAUGCUCCAUUUGGCGUUCCCUCUCAUUUUGAAUCUUUGACCUCCUCUCUUGUCCCUGUUUGGUAUUUCAUUUGUUCCCUGAAUUUAAUGGACACAUACCCAAUAGCCCCCUCUAUCAAUGGGAGGUGCUAACUUGCUCUGUGGGCAGGAGGCCCAUGUUCCUGAUAUGUGUUAGAUAGGCCUGAGAGUGCAUAGGCAAGUGAGGGAGGAAGAGAGGCACCAGGAAGCCAGUUCAAACAGCCAGGGCAGCUCUUGUAUUGACUGGCAGGAGCAGGGGGCUGUGGAGAGAAGGCCAAAACUUAUUCAAAGAGAGAGACACCAUAAGGAGCAGAUCAGUCUUUGGAUGGCAUUAAUAGCAUAACAAGGAGGGUGGAGGCUGCACUUUGAUGUGAAGUGGCAGCAUUCCAGCCCUGCUGGAGUGUAUGAGCCAGUAUAUUGGUGGACAGCAGUGCCAGGAUCUACAGCAAUCUGGGCAAAAAGGGAUAUCAUUUGUUUGAGGAAGAUGGGAGAGGUGGAUGGGGGUGUUGGGGCCUCGUGCUGCUGUACCAAUGUCUCUAUCCAUGGGUAAAGAGCUCUGGUGCUGGCUUUUUUGCAAUCAGAUCAGCUCCAGGAUCCUGUGGCACCUGUUGCGGCAUCACCUGCGCAAUAAUGUGAGGACACUGAAGGUAAGAGGAACCCUUUGCUCUUCAAGGAAGCAGGAGUUCCUCUCCCCAGCGCUGCUGCAGGCCCUGGGAAAGCAGUGUCCUGGCCUCCAGAGGCUGUGCCUGGUGUGCGCCGACCUCCGGCGGCUUCCUUACGACUUCAUGCCCUCUUCUCUGAUGACCUUGGAGCUGAGCCGCUGUGAGAUCCCUGGGAUGUGGUUCCGGCGAGCUACAGGUCCAGACAGCACUAGUGCCCCACCACAGCUGAAGCAUCUCUUUGUUUACGAAGUCCCUUCCUUUUCCGAUUGGCAUCUGCUGGACGUCUCUUCUCAGACUCGCCUGCAGACGUUGACCCUCUGUGGAACCUACCGGGUGACAGAUGCAGGGCUUCAGAGAGCCGCGCCACACCUGGAGGCUUUGGAGCACCUCACGCUGCGCCAGUGCAUCCUGACAGACUUUGCCACUCACUUCAUUGGGCGCUACAUGAAACGGCUCCGCACUUUGGAGUUCAGUGAUGCUCCAUCUCUGACUGAUGCUGGCCUUGCUUGCUUAGUGCCCUUGAAGUACCUGGAAACCCUCUGCCUUGCAUCCUGUGCUAAGCUUUCCUGUGAUGCCAUUGUCACUGUGGGUCAGGCACUGCCCCAGCUAAGGAAUCUCAAUUUAAGUGGGAUUUCUUUUGAUGACCAGGCAAUACGUAAAAUUCAAGCAAAUUUGCCGAAUUGCUGUUUUUCACCCCCCUGAAAUGCUUGCUUUUGAGAGAGGUGCGCUUCUAGUCUCAGAUACAUGCAUCCGUGUGGUGGCCAGAUUUCUCCAGGUGCUUCAACAAGGCAUCAAGCAUUGAAGGGCAAGGACCAUUUUGGUGGCUUGUAAAA